AUGAGUUUAGGAAAGCUAGCCCACUACGGCAUCGACUUGGUCCUCAUAUCAAUGAUACUCGCCGGAAUCCACCGUAAUACCGGAUUACAAUUUGACGUGCUGCAUUUCAGUUCUGUUGAUUUCCGCCGCUGGUUUGGCAAUUACCUCAGCUUUGGAGAAUCCUGUUACGAUAAAGUUGUAUCGUUGUUGAGAAUGUCGGGGUAUUUCAAACAGCGUAAUUUGGUGUUGGAUAAUUUAAAGAAUGCCGGUGCCCAGUAUUUGAAAGAACAAACUGGACGAGAUAUCAAAGAGUACAGGAGUGUUGAGUGA